GGUGAACCACACGUUUCUACGGAAAAGAUUUUGGCAAAUUUUCGAUCAUCAAAUCAACCAUCAUGAGUUCCAAACAUUUGGCAGCCGGAUCUGUUGCUCAGCCUAUCGUGCCUGGCAAGAUACGUUUGUACAGCAUGCGAUUUUGUCCAUAUGCGCAAAGGAUUCAUUUAGUGCUUGACGCGAAAAACAUUCCAUAUGAUGUUGUUUAUAUAAACCUAAUAAGUAAACCCGAUUGGUUCUUGGAGAAAAGUUGUUUCGGUAAAGUUCCCUGUGUAGAGUUGGAAGAAGGAGAAACAUUAUACGAGAGUCUUGUCAUUGCUGAAUAUUUGGAUGAAGCAUAUCCACAAAAUAAACUUUAUCCAAACAAUCCUUUGGCAAAAGCUAGGGACAAGUUACUGAUUGAUAGAUUCAAUUCUGUUAUAAAUACUAUGUAUAAGUUGUAUCUAAAUAUACCUACAGAACGUGAUGUAUUUGAGGAAGCACUAGCUGGUCUAGAAGUAUUCGAAAAAGAACUUGCAACGAGAGCAACACCUUUUUUCAGUGGUAACUCUCCUGGAAUGUUGGACUUUAUGAUUUGGCCAUGGUGGGAAAGGUCAGAUGUAAUGAAAGUUUUACGAGGAGAACAAUUUGUUAUGCCCCGUGAUCGUUUUAAGAAAUUGUUGGAAUGGAAAUCUGGCAUGAAAAAAAAUUCUGCAGUCAAAAACUCUUACUUGGAUACUGAAGUACAUGCCAAGUUCAUGCAAAGUCGUCUUGCUGGAAUACCACAAUAUGAUUUAGUUGCUUAAUCUAAUGAGUUGUGUUCUUAUCGUGAACACAGUACACUCUGUUAUUGAAAACCGUUAAUUCUAAUGUUACCAGUGGUCCAACAUAUAACAUUCUUUAAAUGUACAGGAGUGUUCAUUACAAGAUUAAUACAGAGAAUAUAUAUCUUCUUUUUGUGCAAUACAAUCUUUAUGUUAAAAAAGAGCAUUAUAUUUAUAUGAACAAACAA